AGGGCCGUUUUGGCACAGGCCGUUUUGGCGGCGCCGUUCUGGAACGGACCCGCCGACAUGGAGACCGGCGGCGCUCCCCUUGGCGAGGUCGCAGAGGGCAGCGGCCCAGAGGAGAUCAGAGCUGUGCUUGCUGCCUGGUGCAAGCGCGUGAAUUUGGAGGUCAGUCCUCCGUUUCUCGUCGGCUGGUACAACCAUGCGCGGACCGAGACGGCGGGCGGGUCCCAGAUGAUCGAAGCGCCUGACAACGCGGUCGCAUUCACCCUCCACUCCGUGCCCGGCUACCUCGACGUGGUCGUUGAGCACUUUGCCCGCGCGAGGCCGAGCAGGUCGUUCGUGGACGCGACCACAGACGAGAUCCUGGCCUGGAUUCGCGAGCGGCUGCCAGCAGAGCUCUGCCCGCACGUGGUCAACACGGACGUGGGCCCCCCCUACUACCACGUGCAGACCAUGGGCGCCGUGGCCGGCGUGGACCAGCACAUAGAGCCCGACGAGUUCCAGGACCCUGAAGACGUCGAGUGGAAGGAGGAUCUCAGCGACCGCCUCGCGGACACGCGCGACCCCAAGAUGUGGGGCACGGACCCCGCGACGCGGCGCAAGAUCUUCGCGGUGAACGUCCACCCCGACUGGGGGGGGUGGUACGCCUACCGCGCUCUGGUCGUGCUCCGCGGGCUGGAGGCCGCCGGCCUGGAGAGGCCCGCGCCGAAGAGCUUCGUGCCCCCUGCGGAGGGCAGGCGCAUGCUCACGGAAUACAACCUGCGGCACCAGGAGUGUCUGUGGCGCGACCUCACUGCGGAGGGCCAUCUGGCUGAGAGGCGCUAUAGCCCGGAGGAGUAUUUCUUUUUCAUGGAGACGUCCGGCGAAAAGAGGCGGCGCUUCCUGGAGUUGAGCGCGGCGCGGCUUCCCACUUCGCUUGAGCCCCGUCUGCCUCAGCUGGGAGCGCCUACUGGAACGCCAGCGGGUGCUGUCACGGAGGGGUGAAGAACGCG